AUGUUCAAACCAAGUACAAAUGCCGCACUGCAAUUACUUCUUGGCAAUACUAGCUUACCAUCGAAACUAUUGACAGGAGAAGACAGUCCAUCUGAAUAUGAAUCUAUCCAGUCAGAUCAUCAGGAAACUUCCUCCGAGGUCAUCCCGAAGCGUUAUGCAGCUGCGCAUUUUCCCACUGAAAGCCAAAACAUCGUACUUACCCUCCCAGGAGUGAAGAAGAAGUGGCAUCCCCUUUUUCACGUCAGACGGGGCAACAUUGGGUACGUCCUCUACGGGCGGUGGUUAGAGUUCGUCCGCGACAACCGUCUACGCGAGGGGGACAUCUGCCUGCUCCAACCGAUUAACAGGGGUGAGGGGAGAAGGUUCAUGCUGACGGUCCAUCUGCUUCCCAAAGCAAGACGCGCCGGCAAAUCCAAGGGUGGAGACGUCGUUCGUGGCUCGAAAAUUGGCGGAACAAGCACGAAAGCCGCCUCGACGGCAUGUGUCAAGGAUGAACCAGUCGACGGAGCAUCAGAUGGUUGUGACAGAGCAGGAUAUGUGGUGCUAGGCUGCAGCGCCCGUUUAACCCAGGAGCAGGAGAAGGUGGUUGCAGAGAAGGUGAAGGCCGUCCGAUCUCGAGCGCCUAUUUAUGUCGCAGCCAUGGACAAGAGCAAUCUGAGCUCUGCGCUAGACUUGCGCACCACGGGACAUGCUGCUGCCGACGGACACCUCCUCCCAGACGGGAAGCAGACGCUGACACUCCGUGAGGCCGGGUGGAGCAAGGCAUGGCGCGUGGAGAUGCGGCACAGGCGGAUGGUCCCGGCGGGAGGGUGGCGCGAGUUCGCCGCCGACAACCGCCUGCAGGCCGGAGACCUCUGCCUGCUGGAGCCGGUGGCGGACAAGAGGCUUGCCAUGGCGGUCCACAUCAUACGCCGCGAGCAGUGCCGCUAGCUCUGGUCGCAGGUGCUGCAGGCUGGUGACCUGAUGGUCUUGUGAUUUUUGACGCUCCAUAAGAAGUGAUCAAGUGAGCACUCCCGUUAGUACAAAGUUGGGUCAUCUAUUUUGGAACGGAGGGAGUAAGUGAUGAGAUGGGAGAGCGUUUAUUUUCUCAAGGAUUAAGAGCUUGGUUGCCCCUCAAUCUCAAGAGAGGAACGAGGGGAGAGGACGGAGAGAAGGUGUAGCUACUGAGCUUCUUAAUAAAGGUAUAAAUAAAAUGUGGUUCAGUGACCAGUGGUGCGUUUAUCUCUGCAUCUAUCGUCUUUGUCUACCUGGAUGGAUUCGCGAUGAUGCGGUGCGGCGGUGCACCAAAUAUAGCCAUGGUUGAACACGAACAGUGCUACGCUCCAGCGAGCAGAGCUAAAGGUGGUUUGAAAAGUGUACUAGGGACAGGUAAGGGAGGAGGAAAUUUCUCGGAAGCAGCCAGGGGUGGAGCCC